AUGGCCAUAAUAGAAUUCUCCGCCAAUCCAUCUUGCCUACCGAAACGUCCACGAUCAUCUCCUCCUUUGGGUCGAGAUGAAACCCGAAACUCAGUGGAUUACAUCAGCCAAUUGCCCGACGCCAUCAUCCUCCAUAUCUUCUCCUUCUUGACGACAAAAGACGCCAUCGGAACUAGUGUCUUGUCCAAGCGAUGGUGUUCCACUUGGACCGCUAAUCCACAUAUAUCUUUCUCUAUGCCCGGCCGCCAUCAUCGCCAUAGUAGCAUGAUGUUGGAGCGUUUCAUGGCUUUCAUGGAUGCCGUGCUGUUGCGCUGCACUGCAAUUAAGGUGAAAAGCUUCAUCUUUGCUGUUGAUCGGGGGCUCGACUCUGCUGUUGCGCCAACCAUUGAUAGGUGGCUUGACUUUGCUGUCGGGCACGACCUCGAAGAGGUGACCCCGCGUAAGGACAGCAUUUAUGCGUUGUCGCAGUUCUUUUUUCGCUGCACUACGCUGGUGAGUUCUCACUUGUCCCGUUGCUGUUUUUCGAAGAUUGCUACCGUGAAUUGGUCGUCGCUGAAGAGAUUGCACAUUGGACAUGCGGAGUUGGAGGAUGACACCAUGAUGCAAGUUUUGAGGGGCAGCCCCGCUCUAGAGUUCCUUCACUUGGAUUACUGCGUGGGCUUCAACCGCAUUAUAGUCGAAUCAAGAUGUUUGAGAGAGCUGGUGAUCGAUUGUCACGGAUUUCAUCGUGCUCAAGUUCCGAUUUUGAAAAUUUCAGCUCCUCAUCUUCUCAAAUUGCGUCUAUUGGGCGAUUAUUGUGAGACAGAUUUUGAGGGACAGUUAGGAGAGUACAAACUAGAUGAAGUAUCUUCUUUGGUUGAAGCCGAGUUAAAUUUUGAAAUACAAAUUUUCGAAAACGAUAAGGCUAAGGUUUGUGUGGAUAUUGUAAAGGGGCUUCUCGAGAGACCGCAUCAUGUAACGACAUUGGUGAUAGGGAGCUGGUGCCUUCGUGUGCUGUCGAUAAUGGAGGCGAGAGAAGUGUUUCUUCCAUCCUUAGAAUGUCGGCAUCUGAUGUUCCACGUCGCAGCUGACCAUUUUGGAGUUCAUAGUAUAGUGAAGAUACUCGAAAGUUCCCUGCGCUUGGAGAAGUUAUUCUUACAAAUGACUUGCACACCCGGCUCUGAAUAUCCGUUCUUUGCGGAGAAUGUCCGCCGUCGCAACUUUGAUGCAAAAGAAUUGCAGAAUUCUGCCAAACAGAGAAGGAUCUAUCGGUGUCUGAUGCAUCUCAAGGAUGUCGAGAUUGUUGAUCCCGGUGCCAACUGGCUGGCUUGGGAACCUGUUCUUUCCCUGCUCAAGUUUCUUCUCCAGAAUGCACGCUGGCUGGACAAAAUAAAGAUCAACAGUAACAAUUCCAGACUGUCCGAGAGACUUGAACCCUGGGGGCUGCUCGAAGUGGCUCGGAUGAUUCUGUCGGACCCAAAUCGCUCUCCCAAUUUGAAGGUCAUUCUUAGCUAUCCCUCCCGAGGAUGUCCUUCUGAAAGCCUGCAUUUACAGGCGUUCUGA